AGGACGAGGAGUUUUCUCUGGGGCCCGUGCGACCAACGCGCACUGGAGUGCGCAAAUCGAAAUGCCGGAGGUCGGCGUCGUGGCGGCGCCAACGAUCGUGGCGAUAGAGGCGCCGCUGCAGGCGAUCUUCGAGAAAUGGCUGCUGGCGGACCCAACGGACCAUAGGAUGCAGGCCGCCAUGGCCAUGAAGAGCCCGAAAAAGAAACUGCAGGCAGUGAUGCUGUGCGCCCGCUCAAGAAACUGGCGCAGUCGCGGCGGACGGCGGCGCCGGACGAGGCGUGAUGUCGGGCGGGGCAAGGACGAAUUGUCGGGCAAGUUCGUUGGCGGCUGCGGGUUCCUCCAGCCAAGGUACUCCAUAGACAGCACGGUGCUCUACGUCUCGUUCCCAGAGGGCGGCGAGGAGCAGGCUUCUGGCCAGGACC